UUCUCGUUCUGUCACCACCUCCUGCCAGCGCCGUUGCUGCGGGGGAUUGUGGGAGCCUCCGCGUCCCGCUCGCUGAGAGAGGUAUCUCUCCUUUUCCCUCUCCCUUCCCCUAAGAGUUGUCUGCUGGUUCUCAGCUUGAAGAAGAUUCUACAGUCCUUAUUGAUCCUUUUUCUUGGCGUUACCAUUUUUGAAGCAAAGUUAACCUAGCUUUCUAGUUUGAGCUUUCUUUUUGGCCGUCUUUUAAAACUUUUUUUUUUUGAUCUAUAAAAUAGACAAGAGAUAGUUCUACAAUGUCCAAGUCAUUCCAGCAGUCAUCUCUCGGUAGGGAUUCACAGGGUCAUGGGCGUGACCUGUCUGCAGCAGGAAUAGGCCUUCUUGCUGCUGCUACCCAGUCUUUAAGUAUGCCAGCAUCUCUUGGAAGGAUGAACCAGGGUACUGCACGCCUUGCUAGCUUAAUGAAUCUUGGAAUGAGUUCUUCAUUGAAUCAACAAGGAGCUCAUAGUGCACUGUCUUCUGCUAGUACUUCUUCCCAUAAUUUGCAGUCUAUAUUUAACAUUGGAAGUAGAGGUCCACUCCCUUUGUCUUCUCAACACCGUGGAGAUACAGACCAGGCCAGUAAUAUUUUGGCCAGCUUUGGUCUGUCUGCUAGAGACUUAGAUGAACUGAGUCGUUAUCCAGAGGACAAGAUUACUCCUGAGAACUUGCCCCAAAUUCUUCUACAGCUUAAAAGGAGGAGAACUGAAGAAGGCCCUACAUUGAGUUAUGGUAGAGAUGGCAGAUCUGCUACACGGGAGCCACCAUACAGAGUACCUAGGGAUGAUUGGGAAGAAAAAAGGCACUUUAGAAGAGAUAGUUUUGAUGAUCGUGGUCCUAGUCUCAACCCAGUGCUUGAUUAUGACCAUGGAAGUCGUUCUCAAGAAUCUGGUUAUUAUGACAGAAUGGAUUAUGAAGAUGACAGAUUAAGAGAUGGAGAAAGGUGUAGGGAUGAUUCUUUUUUUGGUGAGACCUCGCAUAACUAUCAUAAAUUUGACAGUGAGUAUGAGAGAAUGGGACGUGGUCCUGGCCCCUUACAAGAGAGAUCUCUCUUUGAGAAAAAGAGGGGCGCUCCUCCAAGUAGCAAUAUUGAAGACUUCCAUGGACUCUUACCGAAGGGUUAUCCCCAUCUGUGCUCUAUAUGUGAUUUGCCAGUUCAUUCUAAUAAGGAGUGGAGUCAACAUAUCAAUGGAGCAAGUCACAGUCGUCGAUGCCAGCUUCUUCUUGAAAUCUACCCAGAAUGGAAUCCUGACAAUGAUACUGGACACACAAUGGGUGAUCCAUUCAUGCUGCAGCAGUCAACAAACCCAGCACCGGGAAUUCUGGGACCGCCACCUCCUUCAUUUCAUCUUGGAGGACCAGCAGUUGGACCAAGAGGAAAUCUGGGUGCUGGUAAUGGGAACCUACAGGGACCAAGACACAUGCAAAAAGGCAGAGUGGAAACCAGCCGAGUUGUUCACAUUAUGGAUUUUCAGCGAGGAAAAAACUUGAGAUACCAGCUAUUACAACUGGUAGAACCAUUUGGAGUCAUUUCAAAUCAUCUGAUUCUAAAUAAAAUUAAUGAGGCAUUUAUUGAAAUGGCGACCACAGAAGAUGCUCAGGCUGCUGUGGAUUAUUAUACAACUACACCAGCAUUAGUGUUUGGCAAGCCAGUGAGAGUUCAUUUAUCCCAGAAGUAUAAGAGAAUAAAGAAACCUGAAGGAAAACCAGAUCAGAAGUUUGAUCAAAAGCAAGAACUUGGACGUGUGAUACAUCUCAGCAAUUUACCUCAUUCUGGCUAUUCUGACAGUGCUGUCCUCAAGCUUGCAGAGCCUUAUGGGAAAAUAAAAAAUUAUAUAUUGAUGAGGAUGAAAAGUCAGGCUUUUAUUGAGAUGGAAACCAGAGAAGAUGCAAUGGCAAUGGUUGACCACUGUCUAAAGAAGGCACUUUGGUUUCAGGGAAGAUGUGUUAAAGUUGACUUGUCUGAGAAAUAUAAAAAACUGGUGCUGAGGAUUCCUAACAGAGGCAUUGACUUACUGAAAAAAGAUAAAUCUCGGAAAAGAUCCUAUUCUCCAGAUGGGAAAGAAUCUCCAAGUGAUAAGAAGUCCAAAACUGAUGGUGCUCAGAAGACUGAGAAUCCAGCUGAGGGUAAAGAACAAGAAGAGAAGUCGGGUGAGGAUGGUGAGAAAGACACCAAGGAUGACCAGACAGAACAGGAGCCCAGUAUGCUUCUUGAAUCUGAAGAUGAAUUGCUUGUCGAUGAGGAAGAAGCUGCAGCACUACUAGAAAGUGGAAGCUCAGUGGGUGAUGAGACUGAUCUUGCUAAUUUAGGGGAUGUAUCUUCUGAUGGGAAAAAGGAGCCUUCAGAUAAAGCUGUGAAAAAAGAUGCAAGUGCAACAUCCAAGAAAAAACUUAAAAAGGUGGACAAGAUUGAGGAACUUGAUCAAGAAAAUGAAGCUGCAUUGGAAAAUGGGAUUAAAAAUGAGGAAAAUACAGAACCAGGUGCUGAAUCUGCUGAGAAUGCUGAUGAUCCAAACAAAGACGCAAGUGAUAAUUCAGAUGGCCAAAAUGAUGAGAACAAGGAGGACUAUACAAUUCCAGAUGAGUAUAGAAUUGGACCAUAUCAGCCUAAUGUUCCUGUUGGUAUAGACUAUGUGAUACCUAAAACAGGGUUUUACUGUAAGCUGUGUUCACUCUUUUAUACAAAUGAAGAAGUUGCAAAGAAUACUCAUUGCAGCAGCCUUCCUCAUUAUCAGAAAUUAAAGAAAUUUCUGAAUAAAUUGGCAGAAGAACGGAGGCAGAAGAAGGAAACUUAAGAUGUACAAGAAGCUUAAUUAUUUCAAAGAAAACAAUGGUUCUUUGAUUUUAAUGUUAACCUUUUUUAAAUACAAUACUGAUAGUUAGAAAACUACUGUACUCUUUUGUUUUAGUGGAAAAUAAUAGAUGUCUGUUCAUGUGUUUAAGUGUUAUAGCAAAAAGUACACAUACGGUUAAGUUAAUGAAAAAGUUUUUGUUUCAUCAGUGACAACAGACAAAAGUACUUCCUAGAGAUUUGACUGUUGUAAGUAAGCUAUGGAAAACAACUUGCACCACUAAGAGAAAGAUAACAUAGAACCAUUCAGAAAACUGAAAUUUAGUAGUUUAAGGCUUCAAAGAAAUGUCAACUUUUGAUUCCAUUCAAUAAAGUACAAAACCAAUUGUAUUUUUUAUUACUUUUCAUCUGAAACAUUCCACAUUUUAAUCUGAGCCUUGCAGACUUUUCAUUUGACUUUGGAAGCUGUUUCGGUUGCAUUGCAUUUUUAGAGAACUUCAUUCAUGUGAGAUUGGAAUUCAAAUGCAGGUGCAGUUUUCUUUUAAUGUCAUGCUGUUUAGAUGAUAAGAUAUAUUAAGUAAUUGGCUUUAGAUUUGUAAUUUUUUUCCUCUGAGUUCCUGCUAGGUUUUGUAUUCUAGUAGUCAAUGUUAUUUCAGUGAAAUGUAAAAAUAUUACCGUUCUCUUUGACCAGUAUUAAUUUCUUGAGAACCUAUUGCUUGUCACUUGAAUCCUGUAGCUGUCAAACAUCUCUGGUAUAAGCAACAUUUGAUUUUUGAAGUGUGUAAACCAUCUAUAUUUUCAAGAUGUAAUUUUACAUUUCUGCAUUUUAAAAGUUUGGCCAUAAUUCUAGAAGCACGCUUCUAAUUCAUGUACCUGCACAUGUGACCUUUGUGAGCAGAAAUUUGCAUGUAUAAUCUGUGUUUACUUGUAACUCUCUGGUUAUAUACUGCUUAUAUCUGUGGAUUCAAGUUACUGAAGUGAAUACCAAUAAAAAAAAAAAACCUAGGCCAUGUUGAUUGGUUGGUUAAACAUGUUUGGAAUGUUAACCAAAAUAUUUGUCCGUUGUGACUUUUUAUUCACUGUUAAAUUUUAUGCAUGCUUUAACAAAUUAUUUAAGUCUUCUACAUUGCUGUUCUAAAAACUACUAAAGAUUUUGGUUUAGUGCUGA